AUGGCAAAGAAAAAAGGCAAGAAGAACGUACAGAAACAGGCCGAGAUCACACCCCCACCAGGCAGCCCCGACGCGACGCCAGCACCUGUUGAGGAGGAGCCUGUUCCUGAUGUCACCGAGGCUACACAGCUGGAGCCAGAGACACCUGCUGUCGAUUCGACACCAGACGAACAACCGGAAUCAACUACAGCGGAGGCGAAUAUCGACGAGGCGGUAGAGGGGCCCACUUCUCAACCAGCCACUCAAGAAACACAGGAUCUCGAGGUCCCGUCAUCUGAAGACCAGGACCUGGCUGAGUUGAGCUCUCCGAAAGAGGAAGAGCCAAUCACAGAACCCGUUACAGACGUCGAGACUCCUGCUGUGGAGGAAGCUGAAAACGACUUCACCGUUGCAGACGAGCCGGAAGAGGCAGUAGCCGAGGCUACUGCGGAGCCAGUCGAGCAACAUGAAGAGGUAGCAGAUGAAAUCGCUGAGACGAUACCAGAAGCCGAGGCUCCAGUUGAGACACAGACGGUUGAUGAGGCUCCAGUUGAGACACAGACGGUUAAUGAGGCUCCAGUUGAGACACAGACGGUUGAUGAGCCUCAAGUCGAGAUCGAACCCGAGGUUGAACCCGAGGUCGUCAGUGCACCAGAGGAAGAGCUUCCCGUGCCGCCUUCGGAACCACCUGUAGUGGAAGAGCAAAGCUUAGCAGCCGAGCAUGAGGCCGCGCACGAUGAUGGCGCCCCCUCUCAGACGGAAUCUGUCGCAGAAGCAUCUCCUGACUCGCCACCGGUGGUAGAAGAGCCACAGGAAGAGGCACGAGAGGAGCCACAGGAAGAGUCACAACAGGCUACGACAACCACUGAACAAGUGCCUGCCGAAACUGCACAGCAAGUGACUCCAGAAGUAGCUGCGGUUGAGCCUCAGGGAACCAUUGCAGAGGAUGAUUGGGCUCCUACGCCAAAGAAAGGCAAGAAGAACAAAAAAGACAAAAAGUCAAAGAAGCAAGCCCCUCCUUCCACUACGGUCGACGGAGUUGUGGAGACAUCUUCACAUCCGGUACUCACAGAGACUGUACCUGUAGCUGAGCAGCCUGUUGAAGAGCAGAAAGAUGAACCCACUGAAGUACCCCAGAUAUCGGAACCAGAGGCACCAGAGGGUGAUCAGAUACCAAUCGCAGAAGCUCAGGCAAAACCCGAACCAGCGGUCGAGGCAAAAUCGAUCGACCAGGAGCCCGUCGCUGAGUCUGUUGCAGCGGUUGAGCCAGCAGUUGUUGAGACCGCACGAGCGCCUCCGCCUCGUCCCGCACCAGAGCCAGAGCCUCCUGCAGCUCCCGCAGCUGCUGCAGACCCUGGUCUCUCCAACGCCGAACAUGACACCUGUCAACCAACCCCUGCUGCAUCAGAACAGCCUCCACAUUCGCCUCAUUCUGUGGUCACAACAAUGACAAAAUCCCGAGCUCCGGAGGCGUCACAACUGCGUGAAGCCCCAGCCCCGCGAAAAGCUGCUCGUCAAGUCGUCGAUGGCAGACCGCCAGCCCCUAGCCCACCUGUGGAGAGGGUGCGCACGCGACAUGUGCCUGCUUUCGAUGACGAGGACGACUCCGAUUCGGCGCUUGUCCAGCCUAGACGCUCAAAUCGAAGCGGUGAGGCUUUGGGUUCCUCACGUGACAGUAGUGGGUCCAGAUACCCACCACACGCAGCGCCAGCGCAUCAUCCCCGUGCUAGUGGCUUCGCCUCGCGCGUCCCAGUCGAACACUAUCCAAAUCCUCCACCGCCUCCAUCAGGGUAUCAUCCAAGAUAUGGCUACCCGCCAGGUGCCCCACCCUACUACCCAAACCAACCGGGCUACGGCAUGAGUCAGCCAGGAUAUUCAAAUCCCAAUCCCUACGGCCCCUCUUCUCACAACUCUUCCUCCCCGUAUCAAGAAACUUGGAACCAGUACCCACCAGUGUAUCCCCCCAAUGGCAGUUCACACCAACAUCAUGACACCUCGGGCUCUAGAGACUAUGGCAUGGGCAUGCCUGCUAUAGAGAACGGCUCUCCAUUUGACGGUGAAACAGCUGACAUCUUCUCUCGUAUAUCCCAAGCCAUUCCUGAUCUGCACGCCUCGCUCGCAAGACAAAAGGAAGUGCAUGGUCAGCUCUCGCAGAAGCUAAGAGCCAAAGACGACGAGAUAUACGAGCUGAAGGAGAGGAUCAUCAGCAUCGAAAACAAACAUUCAGCUGAGGCUAAGGAGCAGGUAAAAGAGCUUCGCGAACAGAUUGCCGAGACCCACAAACACAAGAGGGAAGCCGAAGAUACCAAACUUGCGUGGGAAGCUUCGACAAGAUCUUGGGAGACCAAGGUGAACGAGUUGGAAGCCAUGUAUGCAGCCGAGAAAGCACAGACAAGGAAGGAGUUUGAUGAGUGGAAAGCAGCUGCUACUACAAGGCAUGAUGCUGAGAAGAUUGCGCUCGCCAUCCAGUUCGACAAGAAGCUCAAGGAAGCUGACCUGCUUGCCGAAACCCGGAGACAGGAAGAGGUGGAUGCUCUUGCUGCUGAGAAGGAGGAGCUGAGAGCUGAGCACGAGCGACAGCAGCUCGAGCGCGAGGCCAGCUUCGACAGUGAGCGCCAUGAGCUUGAGACAAAGCUCAGCGCUGCUCAGAGGGACCACGAAGAGGCCCGGGAGAGCUGGCUGGCCGAGCGCGAGAACCUCAUCAGAAGCCAUCAGGAGCAUAGCGACAGCCUUCAAAGUGGCUGGAGCGAAGAACGCGAGGCAUUGGACGCUCAGUACCAGCAGGCCAAGGAAGAGUCCGACAAGGCUUGGGCCGAGCUUCACAGCGAUGCAAACAGAAGAGCUGAUGAGUUGGCCCGUGAAAGGGACGACCUGCUCAGGAAGUAUGACGAGCUGAAGGCAGAGAGCCAGAAAGAGAAGGAGAUCAUCAAGAGCGUUGCUUCGAACCUCGAGUCCGAAAAGGCCAGGCUAGAGAAGAUGAUGGAGUGCUAUGGUGACAUUGCAGAGAUCAAAAGCAAGGGCGACACAUACUAG